AUGUCUUCAAAUUAUUUAACACCCCAGGCAUUUGUUUUAUUAUAUCAACAGGACAUUCAUUUUCCAACCUUGAAAUGUAGUCGCUUUCAGUCAGUUGUGGUCUUUUGUGAAAGUUUGGUGUCAGCCAUGGCCGAAAAUUCUAUUCUCGUUCCCUUAGCAGUUAAUGUACACACAAAGCCGAGGACAAAGGUUUCGAUCGUUGGCGUUGGGUCUGUCGGGAUGGCCAUUGGGUUUUCGAUUAUGACUAAGGGACUUGCUAAUACGUUGGCUCUCAUCGAUUUUAACGAAGAUAAGGUUAAGGGAGAAGUGCUUGAUAUGCAGCAUGGCUCGCAAUACUUGAGCUCUUGUACCGUUAUUGGUGGCAAAGACUAUAGUUACACGAGUCACUCCGACGUUGUUUUCAUUGCCGCCGGUGCCCGGCAAGUGGUCGGCGAGUCUCGACUCAACCUUGUUCAACGCAACGUAGACAUCUUCAAAACUAUUAUUCCGGAGGUGGUGAAGUACAGCCCCAACUGUAUUAUCGUUGUUGUUUCGAAUCCAGUUGACAUUUUGACUUACGUCACGUGGAAGCUGAGCGGCUUGCCUAGGAACCGAGUCAUUGGUUCUGGGACUAUUUUGGACUCGGCCCGCUUUAGGCACAUGCUCGGGAAAAAACUGGAUCUCUCUGCUAGUUCUAUACACGGUUACAUCAUCGGCGAACAUGGUGAUUCCAGUGUUGCUGUUUGGAGUCGCGUUUCAGUUGGCGGUGUCAACUUAGAGAGCGUCUAUCCUAAGUUCGGCGAACCAGAUGAUCCUAAUGGAUUUUCUCAGAUACAUAAGGACGUCAUUGAAAGUGCCUACGAAAUUAUUCGAUUGAAGGGCUACACUUCAUGGGCAAUUGGGCUUUGCUGUGCCAACCUCUGUGGUGCUCUUCUUCACGACAGCAACCUCGUGAUUCCCGUGACAACAAACGUCAAGGGACUGUACGGAAUCGCAGAGGACGUCUUCCUGAGCAUGCCAUGUGUUGUGAAUUCGAACGGCGUCACGUCAGUGGUCAACUUAAGUCUCACAGACGAGGAGAAGAAGAAACUGCUUGAGAGCGCCAGAACUCUCACUCAGACAGCCGACGGCAUCAAGUGGUAG